AUGAUCCGAGAUUAUGAAAUCAUUCCAGAAGAGUCACAUUUUAGCUGUAUGGUCGACUUAUUAGGUCGAGCUGGCCGACUUGAAGAAGCUAAAGAUUUCGCUAGUAAUCUUCCGUUCAAACCCAAAGCUUCAAUUUGGAGACCGUUACUUGCUGCUUGCCGCUCCCACAGAAACUUAAAGAUGGCAGAAUUUGUCGCAGAACGGAUAAUGAAGCUGGAACCAGGAGAUCCCACGGUUCACAUUACCCUGUCAAACAUGUAUGCUGAAUCAGGGAGAUGGGGCGAUGUCGAGAAAAUCCGGAAGUUACUGAAACUCAGUGAACUGAAGAAAGAACCAGGUUGUAGCUGGAUAGAAGUCGGUAACGCGAUGCACAGAUUCUACUCAAGAGACAUGAAGCAUACUGAGAUGCCGAAAGUAUAUGGCAAGUUAAAUGAUUUAGUGAAGCAAAUCAAAGACAUCGGAUAUGCUACUGACACAAGUUUGGUGCUUCAUCAAGGUGUUGGAGUUUCGAAAGAAGAGCAGGUUUUGUAUCACAGUGAAAAUCUUGCAGUUUGCUUUGGCCUUCUAAACUUGCCGACUGGGAAACCAAUUCGAGUUUUCAAGAACCUUCGAGUUUGCCAGGAUUCUCAUACUGCUAUGAAGUUUAUUCCAGAGAUCAGCAAGAGAGAUAUUGUAUUAAGAGAUAAUUAUAGGUUCCAUCACUUCAAGCAAGGUUGUUGCUCCUGCGGAGAUUACUGGUAA